AUGGCGGCGCGCUCGAUGAUGAUGACAUCCGCUCGCCUCGCGACGCUGGCCGUCGCCUUGGUCCUGCCGUGGCUGGAGGCCGCCGAGGGGGCGCCGUGGUUCUGGCCCCCGAUCAGCGGCGACGACCCGUACUGUCUCACAUGGCGCGUGAUGGUGGAGGCGAACAACGCCAAGGGGUGGCGCGCGGUGCCGGCGCAGUGCGUGGGCUACGUCCGCGGGUACAUGGCCUGGGGCCAGUACUACCGGGACGUGGGCGCCGUCGCGGAGGAGGCGGCCGCCUACGCCGCCCAGGUCGCGCCGCCCGCCGGUGGCGACGACGGCCGCGACGCCUGGGUGCUCGACGUCGACGACACCUGCCUGUCCAACCAGCCCUACUACCAAGUGAAGCAGUUCGGGGCGUAUGAUCCGGUGGCUUUCAGGGCGUGGGCGAGCAGGGAGAUCUGCCCGGGGAUACCUGCGAUGCAAUGGCUGUUCCAGACGCUGAGAAGCCGAGGGUUCAGGGUGUUCCUGGUGACUGGGAGGGACGAAGAGACCCUGGGCUCCUGCACCGCCGCCAAUCUCGCCGCCGCCGGCUUCUCGGGGUACGACCGUCUCAUCAUGAGAGGCGCUUUGUACCGUGGGCAGAGCUCGGUGGCGUUCAAGUCGGCGGUGCGGAGGCAGCUGGUGGAGGAGCAGGGGUACCGGAUCCGCGGCAACGUGGGCGACCAGUGGAGCGAUCUGCAGGGCGACUGCGCAGGGGACCGCGUCUUCAAGGUGCCCAACCCCAUGUACUUCGUCCCAUGA